AUGGCCUAUUUCUCACUUGGGAGGAAUACGGGAUAUAGUCGAUUAAAAAGUGCGCCCAUUUUGGGUCUGACUCCCAAAAUUCCUAAUGUGGAUAUCGUUCUAGCGUCCCAUGCAAAUGGUGCACUCGGAAAUUCCCAUCCCCCUACCUAA